AAGGUCAUGUGUCCCUCAUGCUGCUGUCUGUCUGCAGAGCCCAACACCAACCUCGGAGGAUCCUCUGGCUGCGUGUCUUCCUGCAGAAGAGGCCAGAGGGGAGGAAGAUGCUCCCCAAACUGCACCUGCUGCCACUGCAGGGCCUGAGCAUCCAGCAUCAAGCACAAGGGCAGCGUCAGCACCUGCUCUGGCUGCCUCUGUACCCGAGGAAGAGGCUGAAGAGGAGGAAGGUGCCAAUGAACCUGGCCCUGCUGUCAGCCCAGGGCCGGAGCAAACAACAUCAAGCUCCACCUCCUCUGUCCUGGCAGCUGCGGGAGCUGCACCUGAAGGCUGGGAAGAAGGCUCCAGUGCCCAGGCUGGAAGCUCAAGCACGAGCAGCUCGUGCACCUGGAGCACGACUAGCUCCUCUGGCAGCAGAGAGCAGCAGCAAGAGAGCACAGAGGACAAGUGCCUGGCCAUGCUGAAGAAGCUGGUGAGCAAGGGAGAUCCUGAGGCGAAAUACACAGAAGUGGAAACUCUUGGCAAAGGGUGA